UUGCACUGUAAAUGGUAUAAAGUAGGAACAAAUUUUAUAGAUUGAAUUGAAUAUCAGAUGCACCCCAUAACAUUGUAAUUGUUUAAACUCUAACAUGAAAUAUCACAACAGCAUGAAAACACAAAGGGAUUCUGCAUAUCACUGAAGACGUACUUGAAGUAUUACUGUGAGUGCAGACGGGAGCUACAAGGGUCCUCUGCCUUGUCUACAGGACACAAAUCUCAUGAAAUUCCCUUUAUGAGGAGGAGUGACAGUCCAGGAAUGAACCAAACGUCAGUGUCCGUCUCAGAGUUUGUCCUUGAUUGUACAGUUGAAUCCCAAAAGAAAAGCUAUGCAAUUGCUAUUCUCACGUUGGUCUACCUGGUGACGCUGUUUGGGAACUUCCUGGUAGUUCUGGUCAUAGCCUUGAAUCCUCAGUUGCAAAAGCCCAUGUAUGUUGGCAUUGCAGCUUUAGCGGUGAUCGACUUGGUUGGCAGCACAAAUUUUAUUCCCACCCUAAUCGCCGUUUUUUCAGGCUGGGCGGCUAUUCCAUAUGGAGUUUGCUUGAUUCAGCUGCUCAUAGCGUUAUAUUUAGGGGCAGCGCAAUCCUAUCUCUUGGUUUUCAUGGCAUGUGACCGCUAUGUUGCUGUUCUCCAUCCUCUACGCUAUUCUACACUUGCUACAACAACUACCAUCUGGGUUGCUGCUUUGUUAUUUAAUAUUCUUCCAACUGCUUUUGUUUUAACGUUUUUGAUUUUUAUAACAGAGCUUUCAUUUUGUUACACUAAUAUCAUACAUUAUUGUUUUUGUGACUAUAUAUUACUAGUUAGCAUAGCCUGCAAUGAAAAUCCUAAAUACUUUCUCAUUUUAUCAGUCUCUUCUUUUGUGUUUGGCAUUUGCCCAUUUAUAUUUAUUUUAAUAUCCUACGCAAGGAUUGCUUAUGCUGCUCUGAAGAUCUCAUCUGCUGAUGGAAAAAAGAAGACUCUGAACACGGUGACCACCCAUCUGCUGGUGGUGGGUCUGUCCAACAUUCCAAUUUUAAUCUCCAUUAUGUUAACUGGAAUUGGAGUGAGACUGACCUCCGAAGCGAACAACAUCAUGGUAAUUGUAGCAAUUACUGUGCCGCCAAUGUUCAACCCCAUAAUAUAUAGCUUCAGAAACAAGGAGAUAAGAAGCAGCAUCCAGAAACUUUUUAAAAGGGCAUAAAAUAUGCCACACAUACAGAAGACUUCAGAUUUAUGAUCAGUGAGAUCCACAUGCUGUGUACUACUGCUGUAUUUAUCAUUAAUGUCAAUAAAAUACAUGGAACAAAGAGACUGAAAACAGGUGUUAUUACAUAUGAGAUGUUACCAAUCAGUUUU